AUGAUCCCCAAAUACUACCAGCGGCGUCUUUUGGCGGCGCUCGUGGCAAUUUUCCUAGGACUCGUGUCCUUUCUUCGUGUGCUCUGCCGCGACAUUCCCGACUCAGUACUCGAUAACACCACCCUAGCCAUGUUUGAAACCUCUUCUUUCAACCCCAGGUCCAUCACAUAUUGCAUUUAUUCGUACAUCCACGCAUUGUCUUCGGGCAACUACUUCAUGCAGAAAAACCUUGCUGCCAUUGGGCCCAUGAGCAUCAACGAGGGAAUUUAUUUCCAUUGGGAUGACUGGGUCGAUUUGUCUCCUGCUGACAAGGUGUUGGCCAGAUACAGACAAACGUAUCCAGAUGGGAAAGCCGACGAGUCGCUCCGUGCUUAUGCAUCUGUGAAUCCUUACUACAUGGAGUCGUUCAACACCAAAGUUCUCCGAGGCAUGGCCAAUCUCUACGCGGUGAAGGCUCCGCCUAGAAAAAUCUGGGCCGCCACUGACUCGGGCUUUGUCGAAGUGCCAGUGUUCGGCAAGAAGAAAGUUCAUCUGAGUGCUUUGCUCAAACAGGUGCCCAAGCUCACUGUCGUUCUGCAAAUGAAGCGAUGCGACGCCUUGAUGGGCGCUCUGCUCCCCAACUCUUUCCAUUUCCACCCAUAUAAACGCAUGCAGAAAAGCAUCGACAUUGCGCCGCAAGACUUUGUCUUUGACCCAGACAAGGAGAUUUUUGCCCUUAAGGAGGCACUCAACAAGAACACCAUUGCUCCCGAGGACAUACGCUAUCUCAAGUUUUUGGAGACGGCUAAUGCAGAAGCCGAUACUGCUGAUCGCUUCUUCAAAUACCCAUGGAUAUACACAGAUCUCAUUGCUGGUCGCUCGCACCACAUUUCAUUUCCGUUUUUCAAACGUUAUGUGUCCGAUAGAGAGCGUCAGAGUGUUUUGCAUCACAUGGUCCGCGUGUGGUUUAAGUUUGCCGAAGCCAAUGGCGUUGCGCUGUGGAUCAACUACGGUUCACUUUUGGGUUGGGCCUAUAACGGUGUGAAUAUGCCUUGGGAUACAGAUAUCGACAUCCAAAUGCCAAUUGCUCAACUUGAUAAGCUCGCAAGAAAGGCAAACUCAACACUCAUCAUCGAAAAUCCACGCGACGGGAAUGCCAAAUACUUGUUCGAAGUGUCGCCAACUUACGUGCGUCAGGGUAACGGUCGGAAUUUCAUUGACGCCCGCUUCAUAGAUAUCAACACUGGCCUUUACAUCGACAUCAGUGGAUUGUCGCAUACAGGCCAUAAACAGCCUAUGGAACUUCUGGCUGGUGGGAGUGAUCUCAAUAAGCUCAAAACCAUGAAUGUUCAUUGCAAGAACUGGAACUGGCAUUCUCUCGACGAACUUCUUCCUAUUCGUCACACCUUCUUUGAAGGCUCAUCGGUGUACAUCCCACAUAACGUGCUGUCGAUUUUGCUGAAGAAGUAUGGACCUGACUCCUUCACGACCAAGCUUGCAUUUAACAACCACCGGUACAGUAAAGAACUCAAUCUAUGGGUUCCUCAAGAUGAGUGUUCGCGAACAUGUGCCGCUGUUCUGCUGCUUUUUGAAAACAGCGAAAAGCUGCCCAAGUUUCAAAGUCAGUGGAUAGAGGACGAGUACAAGAUUGUUUCUCCUGCCGCUGAACGUCACAUGGCACUAAACUCUGACCUCGACAACCCACGCGAUUACGACUUGAGUAGAUAUGCCGACCUUCCGAUACUGCGCAAGGAUCUGUGGGAAUACUUCAGUGACAUCAAGUACAAGGUCUCAUCCAAUACCGGAUGGUACAAUGAUUCCUGA